AUGCCGCGUGCUCUGCGUGCAAUUGCGUGCAAUUGCGUGCAAUCGCAUGACAUUUGCAGUAAAGAUCAAUGUGUUUGCUCAGGCCUGGAAGUGGCUGUGGAGGGGGUUGUGGCGGCUGCAACUGUGGAGGAGGCUGUGGAGGGUGCCGCAACGCCGGGAAUUCGGGCUGCUGUGGAGGUUGCGGUGGAUGUGGCUGUGGAGGGGGGUGUGGCGGUUGCUGUGGGUGUGGUGGCUGCUGCGGCGUGGGCUGUGGGGGUGGAUGUGGCGGCUGUGGCUGCAGUGGUUGUGGCUGCGGAUGCGGGGCUGGUUGUGGAUGCGGAGGAUGCAACAACUGCGGUGGAAGCUGUGGCCAGUUCUCUGGAUGUGGUGGAUGUGGUAUGGGAGACAACAGCAUGGGCGGAAUUCAGCUGUGGCCUUACGAUGGCGAAGGUUCUGAUGCUGCCUCCGCCGCCACCGCCCCUUCCACCUUCAGCAGGGGCUCCCGGCUUCGGCGACAACCAGCCCGUUAUGGACCGUGUGGGCAACAUGCCUUCAGCGGCAGCAUCCCAGAUGCAGAGGAAUCCGACGCAGAUGCCAAUGAACAUCAAUGCUUUGAGACUCAUGACGGAUGGUUCGCAGGCACCUGGACUCCCUGGUGAGGCGGUUUUCUUAGCUGUCUUUGGUGUUCAGCUUUCAAGUCAUGCAACGGGUGCAACAUACGGUGCAUUUGGCCCGCAGGAAGAGCAGGUCAUCACGGAAGGAGUGGCGGGAGGCAAUGCGCCACCAGGAGCCCGAGGAUCUCAGCAGCCGCAGACUCCGCCAGAUGUUCCCAACUUGGCACAGCAAUCUAUGAUGCGCUCCAUGGUGACACCACAGUCGCAACCCCCGCAGCAUCCGGCACCAAAGCUCCAGACCAAGGAAGAGGCCCAGCCAGCACAGCCUCCUGCCGCGGUGCCAAACGCGCAGGGAGAUCCAAACAGCCACUUUACCUUUGAGGUCUACUUACAGAGGCAUGAAGGGAUGAGGCUUGGGCUCAGCGUCCUUCCCGUCACCAUGCAUGACGUGGCAGUGCUUUGGGUGAACGAAGUGUCUGAGGGAGGAGCUGUGGAUGCAUGGAACAAGUCUGUGUGCUCCGCAUUCCAAGUUCGAAGUGGAGACGCAAUUACGCGAGUCUUCAAUGCUGUAGGAGACCACGCGAAGAUGAUGGAGGAAUUGCAAAGUCACCGCAACAUCCGCCUUGCUGUUGUGCGACAAGGGGGCAACAACCCGUCCGUGCCGGCCGGGGCAAAAGCCCCUGCAAAAGCUCCACCCCAGCUUCCACAGCAAGUUCCAAAGCAAGGGCCUGGAGCACCAAUGCGACCUCAGGAUGAUCCAGUUGGCGUACGUGGUGGGUUGGCUGGCGCAGUCCCGGAAGAUACACAGAACCUUCUUGGUGGUCAAGCAAGUGCCAUGAAUGCCAGCAGGAUGCCAAAGCCGGGUGCCAACCAAGCUCCGAACGAGUUCGCUGAGCAGCUACAGGAUGCGUUGGAGAAAGCAUCUGCACCGCCACCUGGCCUGGCGAAGCCACUGGUACCCAGCGACCCUCAACCACUUGGUUCGUCCGCGGAUGAUGCAGGUGACCUCAUGGGGAGUAUUGAUGUCCAGGAGACGGGAGCGAAUGGCCCCCUUCGCUUCCAGGUGGUGCUUGCACGCAAGGGACCGGGUCGCCUUGGCAUUGAUGUCGUCCUGAAGCGAGAAGCAAACUUCUGUGGUUUACUGGUGUACAAAGUCAGUGAGGGUGGUCGAGUUGAUGCAUGGAAUAAGCAGAGCCAGAUGCCCUACCGAGUCUUACCAGGCGACCAUAUCCUGGAGGUCAAUGACCUGAGCAUCAGUGGAGACAGCAACCCACAGAAUGACAAGUUCGCUGUCAGGAUGGUGCAGGAAUUGUCCAAAGACAGGAAGAAUGUACACUUUACGGUCGAGCGCGUCCCCUUGGGUUCUGAGCUGCCUCAGGAGGAAGAGAACGCGCAGGUGUUUGAGCAAGGUGAUCCACGGCGUCCGGGGCAAAUGAUGCCCAGGCAGGUGGGUCCGCAACAGACCCUGGAAGGUGGUCAGGAAGUCGAAGCGGCACAAGGUGCUGUUCCCAAGCCUGGCAAUCAGCUGCCCGCAGCGCCGAAGACUGCGAAAGCCCAGCCUGCUGUGCAGCCACCACCUGCGAAGCCUGGGCAACCAAAGUCCACUCCCCCGGCAAUUGCACCAAAGUGGCAGCCAAAGUCUGCGGCUCUGCCAGGCCAAAAGUCUGAGGAGACCGACAGCGUAGACGUGGAUUUGGAGCCACCAGAAGGUGCCAUGCUGGCGGUGACGGCCAUCCCAGAUGGUGAGGCAUCCGACCAGGCCUCCCCUGCUGAUGAGCCCAAGGAGGAGAAAGAGGAGAAGGACAACAAGGAAUCUAAGGAACCUGAGCCCAAGAAGGCUGAACCGGAAAAGAAAGAGGAGGAAGCAAAGCCAGAAACCGAAGAGAGCCCCCCAGCGGCAGCUGUUUCAGCUGAAGCUGCCGCAGAGCCGACUCAGCCAACAGCUGAACAGGCCAAUGCCGCAGGGAAGGAUCCCGAACCCGCUAAUCCCGCUACUGCGCCGCCAGCUACGGCGCCGCCAGCUGCGCCGCCUGUCCAGGUCUCCAAGGCACCGCCCGUAAAGGCGAAGCCGGCUGGAGCCUCCGCAGAAUCUGGCCCGGCUGCCCCACCCCCAGCCUCCCCAUCUUCGAGGCCACUGCCACCACCUCCUAAGAUGGUGGCCCCUCCUAAGCCUGGCCCCAAGGCCAAGUCAAAGCCAGAAGAGAAGGAAGCGAAAGAUGACAAGGAAGCCAAACCCGAGAAACCCGAAAAACCCGAGAAAGCCGAAGCGAAGGCUGAGGCAAAGUCUCAGGGACUGCCGGCACCUCCAGCUGGCCCGGCACCGCCUCCCCCAGAAGGUGAAGCUGCCCCAGCUGCCCCGGCCGAUACAUCUCAGCCUGCCGCAUCACCCAAAGCCAAGUCGCAAGGAUGA